AUGGCUAGUACCAAUUCAUGGUCAGGAAACUUGGUUGGUGAGCUUCACUGCUUGACCAAGCCGCCCAACCCAGAGAAGCAUAUCGAAGCGAAAGCUAUUGAUAUCGUAGCACUUCACGACAUUCGGCAGACCACCGAUGUCCCUUGGGGCACAGGUAAAAGCGGCACAUGGCUCCGCCAACUCCUCCCCAAGGAUAUUCGGGGCGCUAGAAUAUUCACUUUCUGUUAUAAUACCGAGUUCGUGUUCGGAGGUGGUUGGGAGAAUUUCGAGACGGCUGUCUUGGAGCUUCUUCGCAGCAUUGCCACCGCGCGAGGUACAGUCCCGGCGCGUCGACCUCUCGUAUUAAUGUGUCAUGGACUAAGCGCCUUACUUAUUGAAGCCGUCGUGGCCCGCAUGCUAGCGGAAGAUUCAAAUUACCUCCAGCUCGGAGAGGCUGUCAAAGCCGUCAUAUUUCUCAACGGGUCGCAAAGGCAGUCCACCAUUGUCUCGUGGCCUACUCUGCUUCUGCAGAUAGCACAGGAGAAUCUUCUCGCGGAUCCGAGGCUAGAGAGCACAGUCCGAUCCUGGCUUCAGGAGAAUGCUUCGUCGCUAGAGAAACUUCCGCUUCGUUUCAAGAAGCUAUCAUCUGGAAUCAAGAUCAUAUCUUUAUACGGCCCCCUCGGUCUAUUUCAUCCGGGUAAUGACGAGGAACUGUUGACUCUUGGUCUCAAACGUGAGAAGAAAAUGCUAAGACCUAAUUGUGAUCAUCAGUCUAUAGCGGAGUUCACCAAUAGAGAUGACGAGGGCUUCCAGUUCUUGGUGAAGGAGCUGAAGUCCAUAAUCAAACGUGCGAACAAGGUUGAAGAAAACUCGGUAGAUCAAGGACAUGGAAACACUACCGAGGCUGCAUACAAUGAUAAAAGUGCACAGGAAGUCACAAUGGCUGCUUCACAUAGACCGGUCACAGGGGAUAUCCAAGCUUCAAAUCCACACGCAAAAGACCUUGUUGCUGAGACACUCAUCAAGAGAAAGCCUUUACCACGACAAGGCUUUGAGGCAUUGAAACCGCGGCAAGCCGGUCCGCCAUCAGACACGACCGGUUUCAAUCAGAUUCAAUAUCCUACAGGACAGUUCGCCCAAGCUUCGGGGUCCCCGGAACUACUUGUUACUCAUAGAGUUGCGCCACCCAAGGUAGAGGCGAACGAAGUCUUCGUCCAGAAAGAUUCUGUCAACAAUCACCAGACCUCGACUAAUAAAGUUGACCAAACGCAUCCCUUAGCUCCUCUACCAAAAGACCAGGUCGGUCUGGGUUCUUUUCAGGCCGAGUCUAGCUACAUGUUCCCUGUUCGCCCUUCGUCGGUUAAUAUGCCCGCGCCGACACGAUCGAAACCCGCGACUCGUGUCGUGCCUACGACGGCGAAAACGGAAUACCAAUCCUCCAACGCAAGUCUCCCGAACACUCAGCAGCAAAGUCUCGUAAAUCUUCCUCCUCCAAGACGAAAAAAGGUCUCGGAUGUAUUACCUGGGGCCAUUAAGGCGAUCCCACCAACUCUCAGUGAAAACCCAAAAUUACCUCUUAAGCGAGCAACACAGAAGCUGCCUUUACCUACUUCUUCUUUACCUUCUACCAGAAAGGAACCCCGUCCGUUAAAAGUCGCCUCUCCUGCACCAACAAAUCCUUCUAGGAACAUAACAGCAGCAGCAGAUGGCCUUACACCGCAAUCUUACCCUAAACCCCCUCAGCAGCAGGCGGCUUCAGCAGUAACACAACAUGUCCACGGCGCUGGACAGCAGUAUAAUAUGCCAAAGAAUUCGGUUCCAAAAGCGAAGGAUAGUGGUUUCUUCGGGAAACUCUUCUCUUCUUCUUCUUCUCCAAGUUCUAGUGGUUCCAAGGAAAGCAUAUCGCGCUCCAUGGGGAGUCCCGGCCUCCACCAACCUCAUACAAACCCGCAGCGCCCACAAGCAAUCUCGCGUCCCCCAAACGAUAUGACUGCUCGAGCUCAGAAUGUACAUCCUCCAUCCAAUCAUGGUAGCAGAGCACCGCUACUCCAGACGGCACACAUAAAUGGGUUCGGUAGUCCUGCUGCAAACCAACAACAACGAGGCCACCACACUCCGCCGGCCUUGAUUCCUGGGCGCGGCAGCGUGAACAACACUCAUGGCUCUAAUAAUACGAGUUACAAUAUCCCGUCAAGUUUGAUGCCAGGCGGACGAAAUAAUCUAAAUUCUUCCCGCGGCCCACAAGCGAGUCAUAAUAACUACGGUGGACAAGUCCCCUCGACGCACCACGCUAAUACUUACCAUUCAUUCAAUCCCCCACGCAACAACGGUAUUGGGACACAUUCCCCCCUCGGCUAUAACGACUCCCGCCACCACACGCCCACGUAUUCUACGCCAAGUUCAUUCCACCAAUACAUAAAUCACCCUCAGUAUACGGGAAUUAACGGCAACGGAUAUACGCAUAAUCAUAAUCCCCAGUAUCAUCACGACCCCCCGAAUUCUUAUUACGACUAUCAAAACCCGGGCUGGGAUGGUGGCCAGCACCAUAAUCCAUCAUCAUCAGAUGAUUACCUGCACAGACCCGCUGGCGCGAAUGGGAGUUAUUACGAGCAGCCAUAUCAUGGAAAUAGUUCAAAUGGCAAUAUAGGGACCGCAGUCGCUGUGGGUGUUGGUGGUCUAGCCGUAGGUGCGGCGGCUGCGAUGGCGAUUAGUAAUAUCGGUGACGAUAGUGAUGUGGAUAACAGCGAAGGAGAAGCAGAGGAGAACGACGAGGAGAUGGAUAGUAGUGAGGAGGAAGAAUAUGAGGAGGAAGACGAGGAUGAGGACGACGAGGAUGAGGAGGAAGUGGAUAUUAGCGAAGAGGAGAACGCCGCUGGCAGUAAACUCUACGUCUUCUACGGCCGCGAGCUGUGGUCAAACCUGCUCCCAACAGUCAGAUUGUACUGGAAUAUGCAGUUUCUGCUCUACGCCUUCGGAAUACUGAUGGCAAUGUCUAGAACCUAG